CCGUGCGAUACACGGUAUAUGAGGUUGUGUGCGCAUCCCCUCCAUGCAACCUUUGUUACCGCGUGCCAGUCCCCUGGACAGUGGACACGCUGGACACUCCAUGUGCGCCGUAUAAUUGUGGCAUAUCCACUUGCUUAUGGUCGUGGCUCGUGGCCGCUCUCAUUCUUCUCUCUGUUCGUAAUUCGGUCUCAAUAACAAUGGAGGAAAUGCUGAAAGAUGCGCGAUUUGCACAUAUCGCAAAAGAUCCAAAAUAUCGUCGGAUUCCCAAAGCUGAGAGGAAAGUGAAAAUUGAUCGUCGAUUUAAAGAUAUGUUUAAAGACAAAAAGUUUACUUUAAAGUAUACUGUUGAUAAACGCGGUAGACCAGUCAAUCAAACCACCACUGAGAAUCUCAGGAAAUUCUACGAUCUGCCUAGCAGUGAAGAUGAGGACGAUGAUGCACCUGAGGCAUCCUCAAACGAGAAGAACGAUAAAAAGAAGGGAACAGUAGAAAGUACCAAAGAAAAAGUAAGAGAAAAUAAAAGUAAAAGGCAGAAAAUAAAGAAAGACAAAUUAAAAUGUGAAAAAGAGUUUUUAAAUAAAAAGAGUAAGGAUGAGAAUGUUGCCAAUUGUUUUUUGAAUGAAAAUGAUUUACCUGAGAUGGAACUAAAAGAGAAAUGUGAGCCACAUUCUAAUGAAAACUCUGGUGAUGAAUCCUCUGAUGAUGCUAAGUCAGCAGAUAAUAGUGAGGAUGAAUCUUCUGAUAAAGAUUUUUCCCAAGUAGACUUGGAUGAAAACAAUAAACAGCUUUUUAAAAGGAGAAAAGGUGAAACCAGCAAACUUACAAAUGAAAUUAAGGAAAGACUGAGAGAUCUUACUGUGAAUUAUGCAAGAGGUGAAGGUGUCUUGUUGACUGAUAGUUCUUCUGAUGAAGAAUCAUCUGAAAAUAGUGAUGAUGAAGAAGAAAUUGAACACAAUUGGGGUGAACUGGAUAAAGAAGCUGAAACAACAGAUGAGAUUACACAUAGAUUAGCCAUUUGCAAUAUGGAUUGGGAUAGAAUACGUGCUGUAGAUUUAAUGAUUUUGCUAAAUUCAUUUUUACCCAGUGGUGGACUCAUCCGCUCAAUUACAAUUUAUCCAUCAGAGUUUGGUCUGCAGAGAAUCAAGGAAGAGGAGAUCAGUGGACCACAGGAGCUAAAAAUCGAAAACAUUGAUAGUGAAGAUGAAGAUGAAAAUGAAGAUGAUAAUGAAGAGGGUUCGAAUUAUCAUAUGGAGAAACUGAGACAAUAUCAACUGAAUCGAUUGAAGUAUUACUAUGCUGUUGCUGAGUUUGAUUCUGCAGAAACAGCAAAUAAAGUUUACACGGAAUGUGACGGUAUAGAAUAUGAAUCGACUGCGACUAGAUUAGAUCUCAGAUUUGUACCAGAAGACAUGGCAUUUGACCAGGAACCGAAAGAAGUAUGUACUGAAAUACCUGAGAAAUAUGAACCGAGACAUUUUACAACGACGGCUUUGCAACAAGUUAAAGUCGAGCUAACGUGGGACGAAACAAAUUUGGACAGGCAGGAGUUUACUCAGAAGCUUAAUUCAGGAAAGCUGCAAGAUAUUGAUGAAAAUGAUUUGCAAACGUAUCUGGCGAGUGGUAGUGACAGUGAUUCAGACACAGAGGAAAAAGAAGAUAUAACAGAAGAGAAGAAAACUGUAACUGAAGAAGCUACUGAUAAUUUAGAAUCGGAUGCAACUAAUGAUCCACUCGGAAAGUACAAAUCGUUACUAAAAGCUAUUGAAGAAGAAGAAGAGGCGAAGAAAAACAAAGACGUCGAAUUGGAAUUCACGUGGGGUUUAGGCACCAAAGAGAAAGCCGAGAAACUCGUUAAAGAGAGAAUGAAGAAUAAAGAAGAGCUCACACCUUUUGAGCAAUAUUUAGAGAAACGAAAAGCAAAACGAAAAGCUAAGAGAGAAGAAAGAAAGAAGCUCGAUGAGACAAAUAGCGAUUCGGAAGAUUCUUUGCCGCCUGAUGUAGAUGUGAACGAUUCAUACUUUGCAGAAGAAUUUAAGAAUGGCAAAUCUCGCAGAAGAAGAAAAGAUGACGAAGCUAGUGACACGGAUAGGGAACAGGAAGAAAAUCGACGUAAAGCUGAAUUGGAGUUACUUUUAAUGGAUGAAGACGAAGAUGGCAAAAAACACUUCAAUAUGAAAAAGAUCGAAGAAAAUGCUACCAUGUCUAAAUCUAAACGGAAACGUCUUAGUAAAAAGAAGAAUGUUGAAGAAAAAGUGCAAGAAGAUGAUUUCGAAGUUAACGUCAAGGAUCCGAGAUUCGCUGCGUUAUACACAUCACAUCACUUUAAUAUUGAUCCUGCAGAUCCACAUUACAGAAAGACGAAGGGUACGGAAGCUUUGGUCAGCGAAAAGUUGAAGAGAAGAACUGAUAACGAGCUUGUAAAUGAAAAUGAUAAACAAUUUAAGAAACCAAAAACGGACGGAAAGCUGUCGACAGAAUUACAAGCGCUAGUUAAAUCUGUUAAGAAAAAAGCACAAAAUAUUACACAGCCGAUAAAAAGAUAAUACAAUUAUAAUAAAGCAUAAUAUAUCUAGUGUGUGUAUCAAUUUUGUUAACAUUAAAAUAAUUCUUAAUUAUACAACAUAAUUUAUAAGAAUUAUUUUUACAUUAAGGUGACAUUGAUAAUACGUACGCUUUGAAGU